GACUCUGCCCCUGGAGACUGCCCACAUCUGCUCCUGACUUUGGGAGCAGGAGGGCAAACGGCCCCAAGAAACCUCUCCGGCAAUGGGAGCCACCCGCUUGCUGCCCAACCUCACACUGUGCCUGCAGCUGCUGACUCUCUGCUGUCAAACUCAGGGGGAGAAUCACCCGUCUCCUAAUUUUAACCAGUACGUGAGGGACCAGGGUGCCAUGACUGACCAGCUGAGCCGGCGGCAGAUCCGUGAGUACCAGCUCUACAGCAGGACCAGCGGCAAGCACGUGCAGGUCACCGGGCGUCGCAUCUCCGCCACCGCUGAGGACGGCAACAAGUUCGCCAAGCUCAUAGUGGAGACGGACACGUUCGGAAGCCGGGUGCGCAUCAAAGGGGCUGAGAGUGAGAAAUACAUCUGUAUGAAUAAGAGGGGCAAGCUCAUCGGAAAGCCCAGCGGGAAGAGCAAAGAGUGCGUGUUCACCGAGAUCGUGCUGGAGAACAAUUACACGGCCUUCCAGAAUGCCCGGCACGAGGGCUGGUUCAUGGCCUUCACAAGGCAGGGCCGGCCCCGUCAGGCCUCCCGCAGCCGCCAGAACCAGCGAGAAGCUCACUUCAUCAAGCGCCUCUACCAGGGCCAGCUGCCUUUCCCCAACCACGCCGAAAGGCAGAAGCAGUUCGAGUUCGUGGGCUCGGCCCCCACCCGCCGGACCAAGCGCACGCGGAGGCCGCAGCCCCUGACGUAGUCGGGGA